UGUGACGUGGCCCCGGACAGCCCGUACAAUCAGGAACGUUUGCGUGCUCCGUUUACCGGCGUCUGAACUGAAGCGGCUCAUGAGGAGGAACAUUACCCGGAGCUGAUUUAAGGUUAAAAGUGUAACUUGUUCCCGCAGAGAUGUUGUGUUUAAGCGGUCUGUCGGUGGCUCUGGCCCUCAUGCUGGUUCCUGGUUUCUCUGAAGCACUGAAGGAAGGAGAGUGUGAAGUGUGCGUGACCUUCCUGGGGAAGUUUUAUCAGUCACUAAAGGACAACAAUGUGGAGUUUAAAAGCGGAGAAAUCGAGAAGGCGAUCACAAAGACCUGCAAAGAUGCUAAAGGCAAAGAAAACCGCUUUUGUUACUACAUCGGAGCAACGAGUGACGCAGCCACAAAGAUGGUCAACGAGGUGUCAAAGCCUCUCAGUUAUCACGUUCCCGUUGAGAAGAUCUGUGAGAAGCUCAAGAAGAAGGAUGGACAGAUCUGUGAACUGAAAUACGACAAACAGCUGGACCUGACCUCAGUGGACCUGAAGAAGCUCAAAGUGAAGGACCUGAAGAAGAUCCUGGAGGAGUGGGGCGAGUCCUGCAAAGGCUGUGCUGAAAAAUCCGAUUUUAUCCGCAAAAUCACAGAGCUCAUGCCCAAGUACGCCCCUGCAGCCGCCAGUGCACGGACAGAUCUGUAGAAAGGUCCAAAAAAACACUCAACACACAACUUUUGACUGGAGCUGGACCAGACUGUGAUCCAGAGAGGAGGAGGAGGGUCUUUGUUUUGUUUUUUUCUUUAAGGUGUACGCUCAUCCGACCAUCCAACACUGAUCCAUUGUCACAGCAGCCGUGGAUUUACUUUAAAGGAGGAUUCCAUUGACAGGAGCAUUGUAUAGGGGAGCUGGAGGAGGUUUUUCUGUCCGUGUAAUGAAAACAUUUCACCAUAUGUUGGAUAAAUAAGUGACUCUUGGUUAUAUUCUUACAAACAGAUAAUUUGUUAAAGUCUCUAUACAGCCUGCGCUUCAUAAACUCACUCAUAGCUCUUCUUCAGCCUCUGCUGACGUGACCUGCUUAGAUGUUGAGGUUCUUCCGAAAAUAAUCCUGGUUUUAAAGAUGUUUGAGUUCCUCUCUCCUUUACCUGAAUGAGUCAGUGCCUUUAAAAACACUGACAUGCUCACAUGCACAUUAAACCAGAUCAUCAUGAGCUUAGAGGCUGCUGAAAAAUCCCAUAGUUAAAAUGUAACUCAGUUUAAAGUGUAAAUAUAACGAUUCUUGGAUAUUUUUUUUUAUAUAUUCAGGGUCUUAUUAGCAAAGUAUGUUAGUCACAAUACCAGAAUUUUAAACUUUGAUACAAUACCAGUACAAAUUAGAUGUUGCUAAUACUUUGAUUUCCAUCCUGCACACAGUGCUGGUACAGGAACACAGACCAUCACACUGUUUAUAGAAAUGAAACGCCAAAUAAGUGUAGAUGUACAACCAAAAUGAAAUAUUUCCCCUGAGUUAUCAUUUAGAAUCCCGAGGAGGUGUGUGUCGGUGAGGCUGAGGCCACCCCUCCCACCUGUCAGUCACCAUUCCCUUAAUUCUGCAGUCAAUGAAAUCUGACUGCUUACAGUUUCCACAGAUGAAGAAAAGAGCGUCAGGGACCACAACACAGUUUUUUCGUACCAGGCUGUAAACAUGUUUAACUCUGUUGUACAAAUGAACAUUUUAACAUGGGACCUAAUGAGGUUUCCUCAGCUUUUGGAGACAGCCUCAAGUGGACAGUCGAGGAAAUGCAGUUUUUUGCACUUUUCCACUGGCUUCUGUUUUGAACACCAAAAGCUACUCGGGUAGAAAACUUGUAAAAUUUUCUACAUGUUUAAAGAUGCAUACUGCCAUCUACUGUUGAAGAGUAUGUAAGGAGUGACUGAAGAAUAAUUUUCAAUGGUUAUGUAUGGACAAUAUUUAACUUUAAAACCUAUAUCGGCUGAUACAGGUGACGUGCCAAUGUUCUGACUCAUUAUUUAAGUUUCGAAUCUGAAUAGAAAAGCUAAAAGGACCAACACAGCAAAGCAUCACGGUGGUAAUAUUGACUAAACUACCAGAGCUGUUGCAUCAAUUUAAAGUUUUAAAGUCUGUCUGCACGUAGAUAAGUACAGGGGACGCAGAGUUAAAGUGACUUCUUCUCUGUCGCAGGAACCCUCAACAAUAAUCAAGAUUUUUUUAUUUCUGAAGAGUGUUUUAUGUUUAUCAGCUUUGUUUCAGUCUAACUGGACUGAUUAACUCAAGCAGUCAGCAUCCGCUCCCCUGCUGUUCUCCUUCCUCCUUCAGGCAGAGCUGAGGGCAGAAUAACCCAACCAGGCAUCAGGCGCUCGAUGAUUAGGACUGAUAAAAAAACACAACAACGUAACAACACUUUGGAUCUGCCUCAGCCUCUCCUGUGUUACAAAUUCAGCUGUAAGACAAUAUUUAUGGUUUCUGUGUGUUUCAGAAGGGAUAGAUGUUUUAAUGUUUGACAAGAAGAUGUUUGAACUUAAAUACUAAACGUGCUAAACGGUUUGUGAUGCUUGAGAACACGUGUUCGUUCUGGGGGAUGAAAAUUUAAAAUGUGCUGUUGUUUCACUCUGACCUCUCAUGUAAGGCCCAGGCAUUUGUUACAACUGUAUUAUUCUACUUUUUCAUUAAAAUAUAAAAAUCAA